AUGAAAGCAAUAUCUUCACAAUGCAAGACAUGGUUAUGGCUUCGAAAGAUUUCUACAUUGACUUUGGGAACUAAUAUAGUUCCAUUCACCAUCUUGCUUUGCACUUCCAUGAAGAAAAUAGAGUUGAAGGUUGGCAUUUACUGCCAUAAAUGCAAAACAGAGGUGUUGAAGAUCAAGUAUCAGUGGAUGCUGAAAAAGGAGACACUAACUGUAAUUGGAAAUGUUGAUCCAGUUUGUGUGACAACCCAAGUGAGAAGAAAGACUGGAAAAGUAGUAGAACUAAUCAGUGUUGGUCCACCAAAGCCUCCUGACCCAAAACCUCAACCUUGCAAACCUCCUAUAUGUCUCCUCCUUGUUGUAAGGAAUGCGAGCUUGUAG